AUGGCUAUUGCAGGUGUGAAGAGGGCUAUUCAGCUUCUAGUCCUCUUUCUAAGCCCUUUGAUUCUAAAUACCUAUUUCAGCAACCACCCAUCGGCGAAUGUCCCUACUUCAUGGCAAAAUUUUUACCACAGUGAUAGAGGAAGCUGGAAAUUCAAUGAUAAUACUCAUGUGAGGCCCAUCCUUGCACUCGAUCUCAAUGGCCAACCCAGUUUUGGUUUUGGAUUUCUCAGAAAUGGUACUACCAAUGCAUUCUAUCUUGUUACUCUUAAAAUUGCAAUAAGACCCAAUUCCUCAUUCAGCGAUUACGGUCCUCCCCCAGUUGUUCUUUGGUCUGCCAACCCGAAUCGUCCAGUUGAAGAGAAUGCCACUCUUGAACUGACUGUGAACGGAAAGUUGGUUUUAACAGAUGUGGAUGGUACUCCUGUAUGGUCUGCCAACACCUCGGGUACCUUUGUUACUGGAAUGAACUUAUCACUUGGAGGAAACUUGAAGCUUGUUAAUGGUAGCGGGUCUGUUGUCUGGCAGUCCUACCGUUUCCCAACCAACACAUGGCUCCCUGAACAACGGCUACGUAUUGGAAGGAACUUACAUGCCAGUGUUUCCAUGUCCAAUUUGUCCAGUGGUAUGUUCUACCUCUCAAUAACUCGCGGUGGCAUCAACGCCUAUAUCAAGUCCGUGCCUCCACAGCUUUACAAAACUCUCCUUCGUUUUCAUGCUAAUAAUGCCACACCUCUUCGCUUUGGGAUUGGAUCUCUCACCCUCUCUAGCAACUAUGUGACCUAUAACCAGAUUGAGAAAGGAGAUUUUCAGUUCAUGAGGAUGGAGCCGGAUGGGCAUUUAAAUGUUUAUCAACUUAUUGAUGGUUAUAAGGUAACGUUGUACUCUGAUCUACUGAAAGAUGAGCACUAUGGCGACUGUGCUUAUCCCACGGUGUGUGGUAACUAUGGCGUUUGCUUUGAAGGACAGUGCAGCUGUGCUGGAGGUGGAAGUUCGAUUUAUUUUCGGCAGUUAAACGCUACCGCAGCCAGUUUUGGGUGCAGGGAAGUUACCCCUUUGUCUUGUCCAGAUGCCCAGCUUCACACUUUUCUCGAGGUCAUGAAUGUUACUUGUUUCAACUUUGCCCCCCAGCUUUCCAAUAUAGAUGCAGAGAGCUGCAGGAGGGAAUGCUUGAAAAAUUGUUCAUGCAAGGCUGCAAUGUUUCGCUACCAAGAUAAUACCUCAAUUGGUACAUGUUAUUUACCUUCUCAUAUCUUUUCACUGAUGGCCAUAAGGAAAGAAGUAUUCAAUUAUAAUGCCUUGGCAUUCAUCAAGGUACAGAGAUCAACACACAAGAAGAGCAAGUCAUCUCUGGUUUCAGUAUUGGUACCCUCUAUUCUGGCUCCCUUACUGUGCUUUGCUUUUUUCAUUAGCGUGUGCUACCGUUAUGUAAUGCAGAAAGGAAGAAAAAAUAUCGAAGGAAAACAGAGGGAGAACUCUGGAGAUGAAUCUUCUAUUCAUUUAUUCAAUGAGAUGAAGAAGUUCUCUUUUGAAGAUCUAAGCAAUGCCACACAGGAGUUUGGGGUAAAGCUUGGUGGAGGCGGGUUCGGGGAUGUGUUUGAAGGAAUGUUGGGAGAUGGGACGAGAGUUGCAGUGAAACGCCUAGGCUCCGAUGUGGGUCAAGGAAGAAAAGAAUUCUUGGCUGAGGUGAAGACGAUAGGCAGCAUUCACCAUUUCAAUCUCGUGAGACUGGUUGGAUACUGUGCAGAGAGAUCAAACAGGCUUCUAGUUUAUGAGUUCAUGUGUAAUGGAUCUUUGGAUAAAUGGAUCUUCAACCAAGACCAAGAACAAACCCUCAACUGGGAAACUAGAAAAAAGAUCAUCCAUGGCAUUGCAGAAGGCCUUAAAUAUCUCCAUGGACCAGAGCGAUGUGACAACCGUAGCAAAGGAACUCCAGGGUAUAUGGCUCCUGAGUUUAUUCGAGGCAGAAAUUUUUCAGCAAAGAUAGAUGUCUACAGCUUUGGAAUUUUGAUCUUGGAGAUCAUCGGAGGACGAAAAAAUCGGGACUCCACUCAAGUUGACUACCUGAUCGAUAUGGUGAAGGUGAAGGCAGAAGAGGGUCAACUGUCUGAUCUAGUAGACGAUCGAAAUGAAGAUAUGCAGUGCCACAAAGAAGAAGCUGUGAAGUUGCAGAGGAUUGGCAUCUCCUGUUUACAGACUGAUCACCAUAAAAGGCCUUCAGUAUCUCAGGUGAUACAUGUUUUGGAGGGUUCUAUGGACGUUGAACCUAUCACUGACUAUAGCUUUUUGUCAAUGUUUCCCAUGGAUUCUCCACUAGAAGCCAAUCGAGCUGUCUCAGCCCCUCUCAUUGCAUCAGUCCUAUCAGGACCAAGAUGA